CAGCGCUUGGGAAGGAAGACGAAAUUUUGUCUGAUUUCCCGCAGCCACAGUGUCGAUGAGAAGCAGUCGAGGAACUCCAUUCUAACUGAAUGGAUUGGUAUGGGGAGAAGCGGACCACAAAUCACGGCUAAGCGGCAGCUUUGGGACUGUGUAACGUUGAUGAUGGUUUUACUUUCGCUGCUGUUUCGACCAGCUCACUGUCAGCAGUGUCGGAUCCAGCGCUGCAAUGCAGAGUAUGUGGCUUCUACCUCACCCUCUAGUGGUCUGCAGGAGGACGUGGCUAUGGAUGUGGACUACUGCAUCGCCUUGCGGGCCUAUGCUCUGUGCACACGGCGGCAGGCACGCAGCUGUAGGGGUGACCUGGUCUACCACUCGGCCGUCUUCCGCAUUAAGGAGUUAUUCUCUCUGCAUAACUGCUCCAGCGAUGGGCCCACCUCUUCCGCUAAGGUACCCAGUACAUUUCGCCCGGCCGUAUCAGAGCUGUGCGACUACGAGAACCGGGUCCUGAUGUCGGGCUCGCCAGGUCAGCAGAAGAAAUACGCCCACUGUGGAUUAUUCGGAGACCCGCACCUUCGGACUUUCCGGGACGAGUUUCAGACCUGCAAGGUGGAAGGGGCGUGGCCUCUGAUUGACAACCGCUUCCUGUCUGUGCAGGUGACCAACGUGCCUGUCGUCCUAGGCUCUAGCGCCACAGCAACCAGCAAGAUCACAGUGAUCUUUAAAUCCUACCACGGCUGCACAGAUCAGAAGGUGUACCAGGCUACCACAGAAGAUCUGCCAUUGGCCUUUCAGGAUGGGACUCGCAGUGGCGGUGAGAGCAGCAGCCUGACGAUCGUAGAGCGCGGUGGCUCUGGAGUGGGCCGGCAGGUGAAGAUACAGGCACGUUACAUCGGCACUUCCAUCAUUGUCCGGCGUGUGGGCAGCUACCUGACCUUUGCCAUCCGCAUGCCAGAAGACACCCUGGAUUUUUCGGAGGACAAUGGCGGCCUGCAGCUCUGCCUGCACGGCUGCCCACGUAACGAGCUCAUUAAAGAGCACACGCUGGGCCGUCAGAACCAGCAGCCCCGCCUUCAGGGCACCAACACAGAGCUUGGUCCUCUGCGGCCUCCUCACCAGGUCUACACGGUGGAGCGAGCCACGGCCAAGUGUAGAGAGACUCUGCAGGUGGAGGACGUGUACUUUCAGUCCUGUGUGUUUGAUUUGCUGACCACAGGAGACCCUGAGUUCUCUAUGGCAGCCUACGGCGCCCUGGAGGAUUUAAAGGCGCUGCCGCCCAGUAAACUGAAGCAGAAUUCCCCGAGGACUCCUCACGUUUUCAACCAAGGGGUGACGCACACGUCGACUGCAGCAGCAGCCAACAGCUGCCUGCUCUCACUCCUACUCCUCCUUCUGCUGCUUUUGUGAAAUAAAAAUGAAUAUAAAUGAUUUUUAAAAAGAAAAACAUGGAGACAAACAUAAUGUGGAAGCAUUACCUGCUUGAGGAAAGAGUGACUAGAGCUCAGACGUAUGAAUUUGUAAGUUGUUGUUUUUUUUGGAGGGGGGGGGGGACUGAAUGUUGCGAUUUUUUUCUUUUUUUGUAAUUUGAAGGAUUUCACUAUCAUGAAGAUGGCUUACCAUUACUGUGGAUUCAUACACAAGUCACAUAAUUUGAAGAAAAACAUACAACCAUGUAGUUUGGGGUCAACAUGUUGACCACUUUUAAUUGGUCUCAAGGUUAAACUCAUAAUUGUGUGUGCCACCAUCAAGGCAGCUGAACAAUAAUUUGUUUUUUUUAUUUGUAAAUAUUUUGUUUUUACUGAGAAAAUGCACAACAUCCAAACACACCACCAUGUAUGAAUAUCCAUAUAACUCUAUGUAUGUAAGCUGUUUUUAUGCAAUGUGGCUUCUAGGACCUGUAUAGUCCAGGAAUAUCAAUAGCACUUAACGGUUUUAACAACAAGUUUUGUGUAUUUAAGUGUUAUUUCUUUGUCUUUUUCAACUGCUAUUUCAGAAAUCGCCAUGCUAAAUACACAGGAUCCAACAACUCUAUGUAAAAACUACCUAUUCAAUAAUGUGUCAGAGUGAUAUUUUAACAGUUCUCCCAGUUCCCAUCUUCUGUGAAACACUCCCUCUUCAAGCUGUUUGUCUUCCAGUUUUAAAAGUAAAAAACAAACAAACAAAUCUUUAUAUAAUAAUAUAUUAAAAGAGUGUAUAUAUGUGUUUUAUAUUGUGUACAUUUGCCUGUGUAUAGAUGUUUACUUUUAACUGUAAUAUGUUUUACAUUUGUUGUGUUUAGUAGGUUAUUUUGAGACAUUGUAACAAGAGUAAACUAAAAUGUGUUGUGCUAUAUCUGUAAGUUUCUGUAUUAAAGUGUUGGACACUCCAGAACAA